AAUUAUUGCAACUCUACUUGCAAACAGAAUGAAGAAGGUGAUGGAGGGGUUGAUAAGCGAACAACAGUUAGCAUUCAUACAAGGGAGAUAGCUUAUGGACAGUGUAGUUGUGGCCAAUGAAACCAUCGACGAGAUAAAGAAGAAGAAGAAAAAGAGCCUCAUCUUCAAAAUUGACUUCGAGAAAGCCUACGACAAGGUUUCUUGGAAUUUCAUAGAUUAUAUGCUGAUGCGUAUGGGCUUUGACAAUGUUUGGAGGAAGUGGAUUAUGGAGUGUCUUCGCUCAAGCACAAUCUCAGUUUUAUUGAAUGGCAGUGCAACAAAGGAAUUCAGUGUGAGCAAGGGUCUGCGACAAGGUGACCCUCUCUCCCCCUUCUUGUUCCUUAUAGCCGCUGAGGGCCUUUCAAAACUAUUAUUAUCCGCUGAAAAAAAAGAUUUGUUCAAUGGAAUUACGGUAGGCUCGAAGGGGUUGAAAAUUUCUCAUCUCCAAUUUGCAGAUGACACUAUCAUUUUUGGAGAGGCCUCGAAAAGAAAUGUCAAGGCAAUUAAAAGUAUAUUGAGGAUCUUUGAAAUGGUUUCGGGACUCAAAAUCAACUACAACAAAAGCAAGUUGUAUGGAAUGAAUAUAGAAGAGAAAGUCUCUCAACAUUGGGCCAUAUUCUUGAAUUGCAAAAUGGGUAAACUACCCAUGACUUACCUGGGCAUGCCAAUUGGAGCAAGUUUGAGAAGCAAGGACACAUGGGCAGAACUGAUAAGCAAAAUAGGAAGGAAGUUGGCUGGCUGGAAAAACAGGUUCUUAUCCUUGGGGGGGCGUAUUGUCAUUAUAAAUUCCGUGUUGACUAGUUUUCCUGUCUUCCUUAUGUCUACUUAUCUCUUACCUGCUGGAGUGAUAAAAAAGAUUGAUGCAAUUAGAAGGAAAUUUUUAUGGGGUGGGUGUGAGGAGAGAAACAAGAUUGCAUGGGUAAGGUGGGAUAAAGUUUGUAAGGAUAGGAAACAAGGGGGGAUAGGUAUUAAAGACCUUAGGAUGUUUAAUUUAGCAUUGAUGGGGAAAUGGUGGGCGAGAUUAGUUAAUGAGCAAGGAGGCUUAUGGAGAAGAGUGCUCUUAGAUAAAUAUGGAGGGGAAGGAGGAAGCUGGGGAGAAUGGAUAACAGAGGGGCAGAACAGGGGAUCUAGAUGGUGGAAAGAUGUUUGCAAAAUUAAUGAGUUGAUUGAGGGGAAACGGGAUUGGGUGAAGUCGGGCUUUAAGUUGGUUAUAAGAGAUGGUGCUAAGGUCUCCUUUUGGAGACAAGUGUGGGUGGGAUCUCAUACCUUAGAAGUAAUGUUCCCUCGAUUAUCUUAUCUUUCCACAGAUAGACAAAGCACGGUGCAGCAAAUGGGAGAAUGGAUAGGUGGUUCAUGGAGAUGGAGAUUAAAAUGGAGGAGAAGAUUAUCAACAAGGGAACAGGACCAAGAAACACAACUCCGGAGCACCAUACAAAAUGUGCAAAUUCGAAAGGACGCUGAUGAUAGAUGGUGGUGGAGAUAUGAAAAAGACGGUGAAUACAUAGUAAAAUUAGCAUACAAGAUGCUAACAACAACAGAAGAAGGGGAUGAAAUCAAAUGUCUUAAGAAAUGCUGGAACUCGACAAUCCCAUUGAAAAUUUGUGCUUUUAGUUGGCUGUCAGUGCUUGGACGUACACCUUGCAAGGUAAACCUCUUGAAGAGAAAUAUCAUUAGACAAGAAGCAGAUGCUAAGUGCAGUUUUUGUGUAGAAAUAGCAGAAAAUGAGGACCACCUACUACUGUGGUGUAAUUUUUCAGGAAAAAUUUGGAACAAAAAUCUCGCAUGGUGGGAAAUCAAGUAUGUCAUGGCCAGGAGUUAUAAGGACGCUUUUCUCCAACAUAGCUGGGCGGGUAGAAACCAAAAAGGGUGGCAGGUGAUAUGGUAUGCUACAAUCUGGGCCUUAUGGUCAACUCGGAACCGUAGAAUUUUUGAGGCAAAGCAAGUGUCCACUGACGAAGUGUUCCACAUGGUACAAUACAACUCAUAUUGCUGGAUAAAGAGCAAAAUUGAAGGAUGGACAUACUCUUUUGCGGACUGGUGCAAUGCUCCAAGUAAAUGCCGAAUAGUAAAAGUUCCAAAACUAAGAUUGAUAGAGCUUGAGCAAGGUGAGAUGAUAUGAUGUCUGCAGUAAUUGCAAAAGAUGAUAAACAGUAGGGGUUUCCCGUGCCAGUGGGUUUGAUGAUCAUACUGUAAGAUGAGGUUAAAACCUAUAAAUUUAUUAAAGUAAA